CGUCCCCGCGUCCCGGCCCGCUAGGCGCCAGGCCCGCGCCGGGGCAUGGACGAAGGGAAGAUGGACGAGAAUGAAUGGCGGUACCACGGUGAGGGCAACAAGAGCCUGGUGGUGGCCCACGCGCAGCGCUGUGUCGUGCUGCGUUUUCUGAAGUUCCCUCCGAACAGGAAGAAGACCUCGGAGGAGAUAUUCCAGCACCUGCAGAACAUAGUGGACUUUGGCAAGAACGUCAUGAGAGAGUUUUUGGGGGAGAACUAUGUGCACUGUGGGGAGGUCGUGCAGCUGCCCCUGGAGUUCGUGAAGCAGCUGUGUGUGAAGAUACAGUCCGAGAGACCAGAGUCUCGCUGUGACAAGGACUUGGACACUCUCAGUGGCUACGCCAUGUGCCUUCCCAACUUAACCAGGCUCCAGACCUACCGCGUGGCAGAGCACCGGCCCACUCUGUGUGUGGAGAUUAAGCCAAAGUGUGGGUUUAUCCCUUUCUCGAGUGACGUCACACACGAGAUGAAACAUAAGGUGUGCCGCUACUGCAUGCACCAGCACCUCAAGGUGAAGUCUCGCUGUGACAAGGACUUGGACACUCUCAGUGGCUACGCCAUGUGCCUUCCCAACUUAACCAGGCUCCAGACCUACCGCGUGGCAGAGCACCGGCCCACUCUGUGUGUGGAGAUUAAGCCAAAGUGUGGGUUUAUCCCUUUCUCGAGUGACGUCACACACGAGAUGAAACAUAAGGUGUGCCGCUACUGCAUGCACCAGCACCUCAAGGUGGCGACCGGGAAGUGGAAGCAGAUAAGUCAGUACUGCCCCCUCGACCUCUACUCGGGAAAUAAGCAGAGGAUGCACUUUGCCUUGAAGAGUUUGCUGCAGGAGGCCCAGAACAACUUGAAGAUAUUUAAGAACGGCGAGCUGAUUUAUGGCUGCAGAGAUGCCCGCAGCCCCGCGGCUGACUGGGGCGAGCUCGCGCACCACCUGAAGCCCUUCUUCUUCCCUUCCAACGGCCUGGCCAGCGGGCCCCACUGCACGAGGGCUGUGAUCCGGGAGCUGGUGCGUGUCAUCACCCGGGUGCUGCUGAGUGGCUCCGACAAGGGCCGGCCGGGUGCCCUCAGGCCAGGGCCUGUGCCUCGGGGCCCACGUGUCUGUGAAGCCCAGAACGAGUGGCGGUCUGGCACGUCUGUGGUCUGUGUGCACACCGGCCCCGGCAGCUCUGCGGGUGGGCGGGCCAUCCACCCUCAGCACUGGGGACCUAGCCUGGCCUGGGCGGAGCUGAUGGCUGAGCCCCAGCGCACCCCUGCUCUGGGCCAGCCACGUCUCCCUGCGCUUUCUUCAGCCUCUGAUAAUGAACUGCUCUCAUUUUCCCCGAUGUUCUUGGUAGGAAAAAACGCCCCAGAGCGCUCGGGGUUACCGAAGGGCUGUCUUCUGUACAAAACCCUCCAGGUGCAGAUGUUAGACCUGCUGGACAUCGAAGGCCUCUACCCUCUGUACAACCGGGUCGAGCGGUACCUGGAGGAGUCUCCUGAGGAGAGAAAAAUGUUACAAAUAGAUGGGCCUUAUGACGAGGCAUUUUACCAGCAGCUGCUUGAUCUUUCCACUGAGGACGACGGGACAGUGGCCUUUGCCUUGAGGAAGGUCCAGCAGUACCGUGUCGCCAUGACGGCCAAGGACUGCUCCAUUAUGAUCGCGCUGGCCCCUUGUCUGCAGGAUGCAAGCUCCGACCAGAGGCCUGUCGUCCCUUCGUCGAGGUCCAGGUUUGCCUUCUCCGUGUCUGUGCUGGACCUCGAUCUCAAGCCCUACGAGAGCAUCCCUCAUCAGUAUAAGCUGGAUGGCAAGAUAGUCAGCUACUAUUCCAAGGCCGUGCGUGCCAAAGACGCCGCUGUGGUGGCGGCCCGGUUCAAGGAAAGCGAAGAUUGCACAUUGGUUCUCCACAAGGUCUAACUUGCCCUCAGUGUCUGGAACGGGAACGUAGAGUGAAGGGUGACGAGAGGGCUAUUUUCUGAUGUGGGGGGCACUCUGGGCUGUGAAUGUUUUUGCCUUUCCUCCCUGUUGAGGGGGGGACUGCCCUUGCAGACGUGGGAGUGAGCACUAGGAACGUUUUCCAGGACAAGGAAUGCUGGACGUGGUACUGUGUCCCAGGAACCUGCUCCUGAAAUGCAAGUGUCCGUGGAGCCCCAGGAGGACACUCUGGGUGCCCCUUCUCCCACCUGGGGCUCGUGUCUAACUCUCUAAUGCGAAAGCCUUAUUAUAUAAGACCCAAGGUUUGGUUCUUUUCACCAGACGCCUAACAUAGAAAACUUGAAUUGUCACAUUCAUCUUAUAGUUUGGACUUUUAAGGAAACACGGAUGCCACUGGAACUGUCCCCAGUGAGUUACGUAGUCACUUUUUCAGUACAAGCCACUCAUCAGACGAGACUUCAGGUGGUUUCCUGCUGCAGAGCUGACCCGGUGGGCAGUGUGGUCACUGGUUCUGAGCAGCCCAGACUCAGGUCCCUGUGGAGGUGGAGGUGGAGGUGCCGAGGCCCACAUGUGCUAGCAGGGAGCACGGGACUCAGGCCAGGGUGGCACCACUCGAACCUGUAACUUCAGGGGGACAUACAGCGUUUUCUCCCUUGAAAUUGCUGCUGUCGAAGGUGGAAGCAGAGCUGGAAGCAGGCGUGGACCGACAGCUGUGUCUUCCUGGCACCCUGGUGGUAUGGGUGGCCGGGGAUGUUCUCCCUUCUUCCUGGACUGCACCCUCCCUGGGCUUGCCGCGAGGCAGGUCAGCUCCGUGUCAGGUGCACGGGCCCAUGGCCUGCCUGGCGCUGGCAGGCUCUGCUUCCAUGGCUGACUCCUGGCUGGUGCUGUGGGUUCUUGGGGUCACCAAGAGUGUGCCCGGCUGCUAUGAAAACUAUUGGGAAUCUUGGCUUCAGUUUUUUAUUCUAUGGUAGGUUGUACAGACUGAUUAUUUAUAUCACUGUUUUAAGGGACUAAUGAAGGCUUAUUGUAACAUAUAAUAUUAGCAAAACCAUGGAGUUGUAUGAGAUGCUAUAUGAAAAAUAAGGAAAAUAUUUUGCUGAUUGUAAAUUUUUGUGGGAAAUUUUGUGAUAACUUGAGAAUUAUACUUGUUUGAAUCAAGCAAA